UCCAAUGCUUUUGUUAGAGACGACAGGAGUCUACCAAGACAGCAACAUGGAACAGGGCAGUCUUCUUCGUGGGGGAGUUUCCCUCUGUCAUUCAUUGGUUGAUGAGAAGCACUGUUACGAAGUGGAGAACGCUUUGACACAUUCCUCCAGUACCUUCAGGAAGGGAGACAUAGUCUCCAUGAUAAAUAAUAAGAAAACUCAGGACUUAUCCCCAAAGGAGUUCAUCAGCUUGCUAACUUCAGAAUCUCCAAUUCUGACUCUACACCAAGCAAUUAUCGUCAAGGAAGAAGGACAAUGCCCCGAGUCUGACUCCAUCCACGCUUUUAGAAAAGAAAAGAGCACACUGAGCUUCCAGCUGGUAAUGGUUAGAGAAGAGUGUCUGGAGGCAGAAGAAGAAAACGAAAUUAAGCCAACUGAGUCCAGUUGGGAGAGUGAUGACAUGAAAGAGAAAGACUUGGUCAUGGUGUCCAUGACUGAGACUAAUGUGGCAGUUGUAAGAGGAAGAGGCUGUGACCCUGAAAAUCCCUGCAACAACUGCGGCAUUACCGGGUGCAACGUCAGUGACAUAAUCAUGGCACCAAAGAAGAGGGAGGUUACAUCAGUUUGCAGCAAAUCUGUAUGGAUGGGUGACGAAGAAAAAGUACAGGAUGUUAUCAUGUACAGUCUACUGGGGACGAUCCAAAGGCCAUUGUAUAUAAGGCCUGUGUCCUUCUCAGAGGACAUCACCAUCUACUUCUAUCGUUCUAAUAUCCUUGAAGAUCUGAGUAGAGGAUCUCCUGUUGUACUGAACUUCACUGGCAGCACAAACUUCUUAAAAUGCACACGUGUGAAUCAGGAAGUAGGACUGACUGUUGAGUCAUAUGAAAAGGAAAAGCUAAAGGAUAUCUGUAAAGAUGACCCGGUCACAUGGCCUUUCGUCUUCUACAUGAAGACCAGGAGGGACAAUACUCGCCUCUUCGAGUCUGCUCAGAACAAAGGUUGGUUCAUCCGGACCGAAAAACCCCAAGUUUCUGUGUGGGUGGGAAAUCCAACAAUCAGAACCCAGGAAAGAUUCUGCUUCCUAAUCUACCCCAAACAUAACUGAGGGCGUUUCUUUUUCCAGUUGGUCUGUCCAAGGCAGACUGCAGUAUUUUACUGUGGCUUGCAAAAGUAUUCAUACCCCUUGAACUUUUUUAUAGUUUGUCACUUUUAAAAACAACAAACUUAAAUCUAUUUCACUGAGAUUUUAAGUGACAGACCAACACAAAAUAGCAAAACCCAAACUGAUGUGAAUUUAAAAUUAUGCAUGGUUUUCAAAAAUUUGAUAAAAAAAAAAUCAGAUAAGUGUGUCGGGCAAAAGCUCAAUGGGAUUCAAAUUUGCGGAGUGCACAACUUAUAGUUGCCCUGUGGACAGAUCCUCCCACCUGAGCUAUGGAUUUCUGCAGCUUCUCCAGAGUGACCAUGGGCCUCUUAGGGUAUGAAUACUUUUGCAAGCGCUGUGCCAAGAUGUUUGUUUUGUAUAUUUGAAUGAAUCUUACCUGACUUUUGAUAAACAUGAAAUAAGGAAUUGUGUAAUUCAAACAAUUUGUGAAUUAGAUCAGAGGUGAAACAUCUGGUAAAUAUGUAUGAUUUUGAUGUAUGACUUAGCACAUUUACAGAUGUGAAAACAAGUUCACCUCACCUUCACCAAGUUCCAAACACAGAAAAGCAUGGUUAAGAUGCAUCAUUUAUUAUUAAAGUAGUUAAAGUUUAUUAAAAGUCAAUAUAUUUUUUCUUUUACUUAUUCCAGCUUUUAAGCUCCAUAUUUGCUUUUUUAUUAAUAAACACCUGUAGACCUGUAGACAGCUGUGCCAGCUGAACGUUAUUCUGGUGGUAGCCUAGUUUGAUGAUUAUUUUUAUUAUUUUCUUAAUGCUAAUUUUUAAUUCAGUCAGUUAGUCAAAACAUAAUACAGUAACUAAGCUGAAGGCUGAGAGAAGGAAAGAAGGAGGAAGAUAAGGAGGAAGAUGGGUGCGAAGUUGUUUGACACACAGGUAGAGAGGAAGUGAGGGUUUAUAUGGUUUAUAUAUGGCGGAGAGUGGGAGGAGUAAGGGCGUGGAUCAAUCUCCAUUUUGCUUGUAUUUCCCACACCCUUGAGCUGGAAUAAAAGGGGAGGGGGCAAACUCAGAGGAUUUGGGCCAGAGUUCAGGGGAACUUUCUGAGGAAGAUGAUGAGGGUGAACCAGUAAGGUGAGCAAGGCAGACGGACAGUGGAGAUCCGAUUAAUUAUAGCAGAGGUAAACUUUUAAAGUACACAGGGUAGGGAGGUUGACGAGGACAGAGAUUAUUACGAGGAGGAUGAUGACUGUGAGAAGGGUGAAGAAUGCGAGGAAGAAGAUGAUGAUGAUGAUGGUGAGGACAAGCGGCUCAUGCUCGUAUGUCCCUGAUGAGCAGAGAAAUUUGAUGGUGAUCAGGGAAUGGUGAGGAGAUUCGAAAAGCAAUUUUCAAGACAAAGAGCAAUUUUAAAAUCAAUAGCAACUCGAAAUUGCAAAAUUGACUUAAGGUGUAGUAAAAAUAAUUGUAGCACAGCUCAACCUCUGAGGCGGAAAGGGUCGCAAAAAAGGAAAGAUUUAUAAACUUUUAAGCAGAACUGGCAUGUUGCAGCUAAUAACGAAAAAUAGGGUUCAUGAUUUAGUGGCCUUUAAAGCCCCAAAAGGACAGGGGCUGCUGUGAUGCACGGUGUGGGUGACAGAGGAAGCCAGACAGGAAGCUCUUGAUGGAGCGGCAGGGGCCAGGGGCGUGGCCCAGGAAGGAGGAAGGUAGAGGCAUCUGAGAGGGAGGCCGGUGGGCAGGUGGGCAAUGAAAGGAGGGGAAAGGGGAGUGCCCUGGCUUACUGGAACACUCAGGGUUCCUUAGUGUAGCCCUGCUGGGUGAAAUAUACUAGUGCUAAGCACUGCUAACCAUGGCUAGCGCUGCUGCUAACCACGCUGUUAAAAAAAUAUUGGAAAUUUAAGCUUACUAUAAAGAAACGGAAGCGCUUUACUCAUUGAAUAAACAGUUGUAAUUUUUUUAAAGAAUUACAGUUUUGUUUACAUAGUUUAGCUUGCCUUUACAGCUCUCGCCAUCCAGCCGGUGUGUGUGUGUGUGUGUUGAUGAGGACUGAGGGUAAAUAUUUUUCUGUAAAAUAUGGUUGAAAAGCGUCCUUGAGUUUCUAGAAAGACGCUGCAAAAGUGAAACUUAUGUUCACACAUACAGAUUCUCUGAACAUGCAUGAAAGAGUUAAUGUCUGGUUCUUCCAUAGAAAAAGGAGCUGUUUUUGGAUCUGAAAAAAAAAACAGCAUUGCAUAGUUUCCCAGAGAUAGUUAAGAGCUGAUGGUCAAAAUUUAGUAAAACUGCUAUUGCAGUAAUGAGUAGUUAUGUAUCAUAGCACUUUUUAUUCAUUUUCAUUUUAAAGUGUAUUGUUUAUUUUUUAUUUCAAUGACCCUUUUUUUUCCUUUGCUGUUACCUGUGUAGCAUGUUAUAUUC